UCAGUGCGUGAGCCAGUCUACUGUUGCAAGGCCAACAGAAUAGCCGUUGGUUUUGUCGCCCAAAACUGUCCAACAGCACCUCUCUUUCCACCAUCACAAAUGUGAUCACUCAGCUCAACUGCCCUCCACUUCACCCUCACUCUCUCCAUGGCAGCCACCGGUGAACCCUCCAAAUCAACCGCCCCAGCAACCCCUAAACCCGCCCGUAGAGGCAGACCCAAAAAGCAACAGCAGAAAUUAACAAAACAGCAGCUCAUAUCUUUACUAUCUUCAGCCACAUCUGCAGCACACUCCUUCUUCUCUCAAAAUGAACUCCAACUUCUGCCUUCUCAGUCUCUUUCCCUCGAAUCCCUUCUCUUUUCUCUCCCUUUUUCUAAACCCUCUCCUUCGCUUUGUCCUUCUUUCUUUCACCGUUUCGUUUCCUCUGCUCAUUCUGAUUUGGACCCUCGUUGGCACGAAUUCUUUCGCAUGUCAAAACCAACUUUCUUGAAUCUUCUUUCUUUAGUUUCCCCUUCUUUACUCUCUUUCCUUCCUUCUUCUAUUCCUCCUGAUUCUGCUGUUGCUGCCACCCUCUUUCGCCUCGCGCAUGGCGCUUCUUAUGAAGCCUCCGCCCGUCGAUUUGGCCUCGACUCAUCUGCUGCUGCUUGCCUUGCUUUUUAUAGUGUUUGUAAAGUUCUUAAUGAAAACUUGGCUAAUUUGGUUGAUUUCGGAAGUGAUGUAGGGCGAAUUAUUGAGGGUUUUUGUUGGAUUUCGUUUCCUAAUUGUUGUGGCGUUUUGGGGUUUGGUAAAUUCGCGAUUGACAGUGAUGUGUUAGGGAAAAAUGGGUCUAUGUUAGUUCAGGCAUUGGUCGAUUCCGAAGGUAGAUUCUUGGAUAUUUCUGCUGGUUGGCCUUGUACUAUGAAACCCAAUUCGAUCUUUACCCAAACUAAACUGUAUUCACGAAUUCAGGAGUUAUUAAGUGGACCGUGUUGUCAGCUAAAUGAUGGGAAUUCAAUUCCGCAAUACAUAUUGGGGGACUCUUGUUUCCCUCUGUUUCCGUGGCUGUUAACUCCUUACAUUAGGCCUAAUGAGGAAGAUAGUUUUGGUUCAGCAGAAAGGGAGUUCAAUGCUGCUCAUAACAGAGCAAUGAGGCUGGUUAACACUGCAUUUGGGAGAGUCAAAGCACGGUGGCAGCUGUUGGCAAGAAGAUGGAAAGAAGAGUGUGUUGAAUUUUUCCCAUUUGUGAUCGUAAUGGGUUGUCUGCUGCAUAAUUUUCUAAUAAAAUGUAGCGAACCAGUGGCAGAGGAGAGUGUUGGUUGCUCUGAGGUGGAAGAAGAAUUGCCUGUUUUUGGAGGAGAGGCGGAUGAGAGAGGACAGAGGAUCAGAGUUGCGCUUGCAAAGCAUUUGAGUCGGGCAAGCAUGAGAAGGUAGAUGAAUAAUAAUGUUAUGUCAAUGAUCAUAAAUGCCUGUAGUUGUAGCAGUAAUAAAGAGUAGGGUGCACACGUUGUUGUUAGUUUCCCUCUUUGCUUUUCCUUGUAAAUUAAUGGCUGUAGUUGCAGUAAUUAGAGGCCAGAGGACGAUGCCUUUGGAUGUACAUUUUCUCUACUCGAAUGGAUCAGUUUCAUUUAACAUUGAUGA